AUGAGGUUCAAAUUCCCUCUCAUGGCCAUUGGUCUGGAGGUUGCCAUCAUUGUUUUAUUUGGAUUAUUUGUUCAGUAUGAAACCGAUCAGAAUAUUCGCCAAAAGCUCAACACCACCAAGCCAACAGACAUGGAGAGAUUCACUGAGUUAUAUCCUCUAUUCCAAGAUGUGCAUGUUAUGAUAUUUGUUGGGUUUGGCUUCCUGAUGACCUUCCUGAAGAAGUAUGGAUUCAGCGGUGUGGGUUUCAAUUUCUUCAUUGCUGCUCUNGGCCUCCAAUGGGGCGCUAUUGCACAGGGGAUCCUGCACAGCCAUGGACAGAAAUUUCACAUUGGAAUCAAAAACAUGAUAAAUGCAGACUUCAGUACAGCCACAGUUCUGAUUUCUUUUGGAGCUGUCCUGGGAAAAACGAGUCCAAUCCAAAUGCUGAUUAUGGCAAUUAUAGAAAUUGCUGUCUUUGCUGGCAACGAAUAUCUGGUUGCUGAGAUCUUUAAGGCCUCCGAUAUUGGAGCCUCAAUGACGAUCCACGCCUUUGGGGCCUACUUUGGCUUGGCUGUGGCACUCAUCUUGUAUCGACCUGGCCUGAGAGGAGGUCAUAACAACGAAGAGUCUGUGUACCACUCAGAUUUGUUUGCAAUGAUUGGGACUCUUUUCCUGUGGCUGUUUUGGCCCAGCUUUAAUUCUGCUAUUGCUGAAUCUGGAAACAAACAGUACAGGGCCAUCGUAAACACGUACUUCUCUCUCGCCGCCUGCGUCAUCACAGUGUAUGCAUCCUCCAGCCUUGCCAAGCACCGAGGCAAGCUGGAUAUGCAUCAUAACGUGACUUAUUUUCCCUCCACUUUCACAGGUUUAAUUCUAAAGAUACCUAUCUGGGGACAGCCACUUGACCAGAACUGCUAUGAUGAUUCUGUUUAUUGGGAGGUUCCUAGAUGGAGAGAGCAUGACCAUCACUUCCAUGAACACGGUGACCACAACCAGCUGGAACCUGAAGUCUAA